GGCAACAGGAACAGGGCUGAAGGAUGAUGAUAGGUGAAAAGGGCGAGAGAUGGAGAGCUCUGAUUGGAUGAUUGUAGAACAGGGGAUUUUGAGAAGGAAAAAGAGCAAAAAAGAGGUAAAAUCCGGCGGGAGCUUCUACUUUCCACUUUCAUUCUCGAUUUUGUCCCAAUUGGGUCGUACAAAGUUCGAUUCACUCGCAGACCCAAGAGAUCGCCUUAAUACUUUGUUCAGCGCCGGUGAGCCAAACUCGCCCCUUAUUACCCGCGUAUUGAUAUUGGAGCUGCACACACAAAGCGAAGCAGAAUAAGUUAAAAUCCCCAAUGUUCAGUCUUCAAGAUCCAUUCCCGAAGGGCAAUGCCAAUAAUAUAACCAACAACUGCGGCGGUAUCAGUGCUAGCAGCAGCGCCAACCAUACCUCCUCCUCCUCCAUCGCCAACUCAGCCAUCGCCACCCUCCCAAAUCUAACCCCUUCAUCCAUCAUACCCAACAACACAAAUCUCCUCAUCAAUUCAUCAUCCCCCACCUCAACCUCAUCAUCAUCAACGCCCCUAACCACUCCCAACCAACUAAACAUACACUCCACAAAUAACAACAACAUUAACAACAACCACAUAAACAAUAAUCACCUCAAUAUUAUACACAAUUCAUCUGCGGCCGAAAACGCAGUGAACGCCUUGAAGCAACUUCAUCAACACGGAGUCACAAACGACCUUGAAGAACACAAAGUGCAUCCCGGAAUCAUUGCCGCCUCGUCGCUACAUCACCAGUUGCAGCAACAGCACCACAACUUAUCCCAAUCUUCGCCAAUUAUUUUCCCGAAUGUCAACACCUCUCCCGUUUCUGACUCCAGAAUUCACUCAUCGCAUCACAUGCAGACUUCGAACUGGGUUCAGAAUCACGUGACCGCGGCUGCGGCAGUGCUGGCUUCGGCGACAUCGGGAGGAGCGAAUGGGUCGCCGGGUGCGAUUGGAAACGGUUCCUCUGGUAUUCAGCCGCACAACACACCUGGCAACUUGGCUGCCGCUGCGGCUAAACUGGAGACGGCAGCUGCUGUAUUGAGUGCUGCAACUGCGACAAACGCCUCUGUGGCUACGAUCGGCCUGGCCCGAGCUCACUUCGAGAAACAGCCUCCGAACAACCUGAGGAAGAGCAACUUCUUCCACUUCGUGGUGGCCCUCUACGACCGCACGGGACAGCCGGUGGAGAUAGAGCGGACUGCGUUUGUGGACUUCAUCGAGAACGAGGCUCUGCAGGGGGUGAACGGGGCGGGAGGGGAGGGGGAGGACAAGAGUAAUAAUGGCAUACACUACAGGGUUCAAGUCCUAUACAAUAACGGUAUCAGACAAGAACAAGACAUUUACAUUCGGCUUAUUGACUCAGUCACCAAACAGCCCAUCUGGUACGAAGGUCAGGACAAAAACCCUGAGAUGUGCAGGGUACUACUCACACACGAGGUCAUGUGCAGUCGUUGUUGUGACAAGAAGAGUUGUGGCAACAGAAACGAAACACCAAGUGACCCAGUUAUCAUCGACAGAUACUUCCUCAAGUUUUUCCUCAAGUGCAAUCAGAACUGUCUGAAGAAUGCGGGCAACCCACGUGACAUGCGUAGAUUCCAGGUGGUUCUCAGCAGCACUCCAAACGUCGACGGUCACGUGCUUGCAGUCAGUGACAACAUGUUUGUUCACAACAACAGCAAACACGGGCGGAGGACGCGGAGACUGGACCCAUCGGAGGCUGCGACACCAUGCAUCAAAGCAAUCUCCCCCAGCGAAGGGUGGACUACGGGAGGAUCCACGGUCAUCAUAGUCGGCGACAACUUCUUCGACGGACUCCAGGUGGUCUUUGGAACCAUGAUAGUCUGGAGUGAACUGGUCACCCCACAUGCAAUCCGGGUGCAAACCCCACCCAGACACAUUCCGGGGGUCGUUGAGGUAACACUGAGCUACAAGAGCAAACAGUUCUGCAAGGGCGCGCCAGGCAGAUUUGUAUAUACAGCGUUGAGUGAGCCGACGAUAGAUUUCGGGUUCCAGCGUCUGUCACGCCUCAUUCCUCGUCACCCGGGAGACCCCGAGAAGAUCCCAAAAGAAGUGAUUCUGAAGCGCGCGGCUGACUUGGCAGAGGCACUGUACUCCAUGACUCGCAAUCAGAAUCCUCUGGCCGCCCUACCCCCCACACAUCACACCAACAUGGUCAGCUACUUCGAAGACACAGUCAAUGAUCACACGCAGUACUCGUUAGGUGGCUUUUAUGCAGGCUUCGGCAAGAACACCAACCUCCUGUCACCCCGUGGAUAUGGGCCAGGAGCGAUGGGUGUGAACGGAUCCACCCCUGGCAACGCCUAUUCCACCAUGAACAAUGCAGCCGCCGCCACUCUGGGCAUGAACAGUUAUCACAAUGGGGCAGCCAUGAAUCCACAGGCUGCAUUCCUCAACCCUGCCGCCCACUCAUUUGGGAUGACCGGCUCCCCUCCCGCCCUGCAGUCUCAUCACAUGGCAGGGGGACACCACACUCCAGGCAUAUUCUCAUUUUCACCCGCAAACAUGAUCAACGCCGUCAAACAAAAGUCCGCAUUCGCCCCUUCGCGACAAAACUCCUCGCCUGUUUUACAGGCCUCCUGAACUUCAUUUGAGUUUUGAAACAGUCUUUACAAUAAUCCACUUAAUUUGUUCAUCUUUUAUGUUCAUCCUUUCCACGAAAUUCAAGAGGGUUUUUGAAUUUUGUCGCUUAGAUAGAUUUGAUAUAUUUGUUAGAUGCCUACCCAUUUUGAAUUCUUUUCAAUU